AUGGAUUCGGGCCCGGUCCAAGCCGACUUCUUGUCGGACGCCGAGUGCAGCGUGUACUCGCCGGGCAAGAGCACGAUCACCGUCAGCCUUGACUCGGUCUACGAAGUGCUCCCCAGCGAGGUGAUGGUCAGCAUGGAAGCUAUCAGUAAAGGUAUUUUCGACGAGCCCGUCGACUGUUCCUUCUACGACCCGCCGCGAAGCGAGACCAACGUCAGCAUGCUCGAGUCGCUCGAUCCCGACAUGGAGACGGCCCUCGACAGCUCCAUCUACGAAGCGCUGCCCAGCGAAGCGGCCGUCAGCAUGGAGAACUUUUCUCCUCCUGCCGCAAGGCCGUGCGCCUCGGUCUCCUCGGUGCUGACAGCUUGGGAGCACUCGGAUCCGUCGGUCUACUCGCCGAAGCAAAAUACCUGCAACGUCGAGUUUGACGACAUCAGCAUCGAGAGCGACCACAGCGACUGGUCCGAGUACGAGAUGCCGCCUUCCGUGGUGCUCGUUGAAAUGGAGCCCGUUGCUUCCAGCUCGGUGGCUGAGGUCGUCAUGCGUGGCAAUUUGACCCCCCAAUCCGUCAACAUUAGAACUACCGACCCGGACCAGAUCGGCCUCUAUGUGAACAAAGCC